UCAUGGCUUCAUCUUCUGUCAGCUUCUUGCUUCUCUUCAUCACUGUCCACACAGCAGGUAGGACCAAUACUCUGAUCACUGAUCAAUGCUCACUGAGGUUUAAUCUCUUUCUGUUUUGUCCCUCAGAUGGAUUUAUGCAUUAUUAUACGGCACGCUGUGUGUUUAACUCCACUGAGCUGAAGGACAUGGAGUACAUCUACUCUUUCUAUUACAACAAACUGGAGUUAAUAAGGUUCAGCAGCAGUUUGGGGAAGUUUGUCGGAUACACUGAGUUUGGAGUGAAGAAUGCAGAAAUGUGGAACAAAGAUCCAGCAAGGCUGAGCAGGGAGAGAGCUCAGAAGGAGACAUACUGUCACCCAAACACUGAGAUAUGGUACCAAAAUGUUCUGUCUAAAUCAGUUCCGCCCUACGUAGUCCUGCACUCCACAGCGCCUCCUCCUAAACACCAUCCAGCCAUGUUGGUCUGCAGCGUCUACGACUUCUACCCCAAACAGAUCAAAGUGAGCUGGUUCAGAGACGGAAAGGAGGUCACCUCAGGAGUCUCCUCCACUGGUGUGAUGGAGGACGGUGACUGGUACUAUCAGAUCCACUCUCGCCUGGAGUACACACCCAGGUCUGGAGAGAAGAUCUCUUGUGUGGUGGAACAUGCCAGCCUAAAAGAACCUCUGCGGAUCGACUGGAAUCCGUCCAUGUCUAAGUCAGAUAAAGAAAAGAUUGCCAUUGGAGCCUCAGCACUGAUUCUGGGUCUGGUCUUUGGUCUGGCUGGAUUCAUCUACUACAGGAGCAAGACCCCAGAUCUGUUUUUGCUUGAUUCAGAGAAAACCAAGAUCGCCAUUAAAGGGUCAGGACUGACUCUGGAUCAGGUCUUAUCUCUGGCGAAAUUCAUCUUCUCCAAGAAGAAGGCCCAAGGACGUUUUCUAGGUCCUUCCUGACUGAGGAAAGGUUCUGGUCCUGAUCUUAUUCCUGAUUCUGGUUCUGAUCUUGUUCCUGAUUCUGGUCCUGAUUCUGUCUGUCAGAUGACAGAAAAUGCCGUUGCAGCUUCAAUCUGCUUUCAGAUGAUCCUUUCUGGACUGGACUCUCUAAACCUGGUCCAGGUCUGGAGUCUGAAGCUCAGCUGGACUGGACCUGGUCCAGGACCACCACAGUGUGAAUCCAGUCCUGCUGGUUGUUCCACUUGUUUCAGUUGUGUGUUCUGGUCCAGUCGUGGAUCAGGUUUAAUGUGGACUCUGGUGUAUGUGCUGGAUCUGGUCUCUGCAGCUUCACUGUGUUAAAUGAAUCAUUUUCAGCUUUUUCUAUCUGCAGACCGACGGCUUUGAAAGCUUGUUACUAAAUGUUUGACUGAUUUGUAGCUGCAGCUCAACUGAUUCACAUUUAUCCUUUUUAACUGUAUAAUUUUGAUAAACUGUCACACAAUCUGA